AUGACGACCACGGAACAACAAACUGACCUGAAGCCCUACGUGGUGCACACGGUGGGCGAUGCCUCGGAAACUGUCCAGACGCCGGGGAUGGUGCGCCAGCCGGCCGUCGUGCCGGGGAAGGGCGACACCACCAAGAUCUGGAUGGGCAAGGUGACGGCCGCGCCGCGCGAAAAAGGGCCGCCGCACACACACCUCGAGGCGGAGACCGCCGCCUACGUGAUCAAAGGGCAUGUGCGGGUCUAUUUCGGCGAGAACUUCGCGGAGUGGAUCGAGGCCGGGCCUGGCGACUUCAUCUUCGUGCCGGCGAACACGCCGCACAUCGAGGAGAACCCCUACGACGAAGAGCAGGAGGGCAUCCUGUGUCGCACGCCGGACAACUUGGUGGUGAACCUGUAAAGGACAUCGGCAUUGCGAUCAACUGGGGGCGAGUGAUCAUUCGCCCCUACGUUUUGGCGUCGGGUGCGCUCUCAGGGCAAUCGCGUCUUAAUAGUAUUUUUAGAAAUGUGCUAACGUGCCAUGAUCCGUUGAACCAAAUGGAGGCAGUGAGGCAUGGCACAACCACCCAAAACAACUAUUCUCGAUCAUUUCGCUGACCUGGACGACCCACGGGUGGAACGCACCCGACGCCAUAAGCUGGUGGACAUCAUUGCCAUUGCCAUUUGUGCCACCAUCUGCGGCGCCGAUUCCUGGGUCCACAUAGAACUCUUCGGCAAGAGCAAGCUGGCCUGGUUUCAGACCUUCCUGGAAUUGCCCCACGGUAUCCCAUCCCACGACACCUUUGGCGAUGUGUUCGCCCGCCUGGACCCAGUGCAGUUGCAGAAUAGCUUCGUAUCCUGGACCCAGGCCAUCGCCGAGUUGCUGCCGGGUGAGGUGGUGGCCAUUGAUGGCAAGACGGCCCGACGGUCCUAUGAUCCGGCGGGGAACAAGGGGGCCAUACACCUGGUCAGCGCCUGGGCCACGCAGAAUAACCUGACCCUGGGCCAGGUCAAGACCGAGGAGAAGUCCAAUGAGAUCACCGCCAUUCCACAACUGCUGGAGAUGCUGGACUUGAAUGGCUGCAUCGUGACCAUCGACGCCAUGGGCUGCCAGCGGGAGAUCGCCCAGCAGAUCACAGCGGGCGGGGCCGACUACGUGCUGGCGGUGAAGGAGAACCAGGGCCGGUUGCAUGAGGGCAUCCGAGACCUGUUCCAGGGAGCCGAGGCCUGGGGUUUUGACGGGGUGCCUUACGAUUAUGCACGGACCGUGGACAAGGGACACGGACGGGUGGAACGGCGGGAAUGCUGGACCAUCACGGCGACGGACUGCCUGGAUUAUCUGGACCCCCAGGGGCAAUGGUCCCAACUGAAGGCGGCCGUCAGGGUGGUGGGCCAUCGUCAAACUGGAGCGGAACAACUCCUGGCUGCCAUCAGAAGCCACUGGAGCAUCGAAAACUCGCUGCACUGGACCUUGGACGUGACCUUUCGGGAAGACCAGUGCCGAGUGCGCAAGGACCAUGGACCGCAGAACCUGGCCACGCUGCGGCAGAUUGGGCACAACCGGUUGAAAAACGAAAGCACCUUGAAAGUAGGCAUUCAGGGCAAGCGGCUCAACGCCGGAUGGGACGAGGACUACCUGCGCAAAGUCCUCCUCGGAUAA